UAUGAGUCGAAACGGAAAUGGUUUUCAAAGAAACCUCUCUGUUGUUGUUUUUUCAAACCCUAAACUAAACCCUCAAUCCUCAUUCACACACUCGGAACAAAAUCCUAAACCCCGGCCUCACCAUCUCUUGGAUAACUCCAUUUUCACUCGAUGAUGGUUUCUUCUCUCAAUGUCUCUCCAAAUUCAUUCCGGGUAGCGUUCUCGGCUGCAGCCAUAGGUACCGUUUCUCGGACGCCCAGGUCUUUCUCUGUCAGAUCAAUGUCAGUGUCGCCAGUUCAACAUCUUCAAACGUCUGCCUCCUCCUCUCACAAAUUGGACCUCUCCGUUAUGGUAAAUGGAUGCACGGGAAAGAUGGGAAAAGCUAUUAUCAAAGUAGCUGAUUCUGCUGGUGUCAAUGUUGUUCCGGUGUCAUUUGGUUCGUUGGAGGAGUCUGGACUAACUAUAGAAGCAUCUGGAAAGAAUAUUCUGGUUCAUGGCCCUUCCGAUAGGGAUAGUGUCCUUGCAUCAGUUUUUGAUGAAUAUCCAAAUUUGAUUGUGGUGGACUUCACUGUGCCUUCUGCUGUGAAUGAUAAUGCAGAGCUGUACAGCAAAGUUGGAGUUCCCUUUGUGAUGGGAACAACUGGUGGAGAUAGAGACCGGUUGUAUAAAACUGUGGAUGACGCCAAGGUUUAUGCAGUAAUCUCCCCACAAAUGGGCAAGCAGGUCGUUGCCUUCCUUGCAGCUAUGGAAAUAAUGGCUGAGCAGUUUCCUGGGGCAUUCUCCGGAUAUUCCCUGGAGGUGAUGGAGUCUCAUCAAGCAAGCAAGGUGGAUGCAUCUGGGACUGCUAAGGCAGUUAUUUCAUGCUUCCAGAAAUUAGGUGUUUCUUUUGAUGUGGAUCAGAUAAAAUUGAUCAGGGAUCCCAAACAACAGAUUGAAAUGGUGGGAGUUCCAGAGGAGCAUUUAUCUGGCCAUGCAUUCCAUAUGUAUCAUCUUGCAUCGCCUGACAAAACAGUUUCUUUUGAGUUUCAGCAUAAUGUUUGUGGUAGGUCAAUUUAUGCAGAGGGCACAAUAGAUGCUGUUCUUUUCCUAGCCAAAAAAAUUCAGUCGAAGGCAGACAAGCGGAUAUACAAUAUGAUUGAUGUAUUGCGGGAGGGUAACAUGAGAUGAGCAAGAACUGGACAUCGUAAGGUGGCGUUUACAAUAAUAUUAUCUCAUGUUGGGAAAAUAUGGAAGUUUUGUUGAACAAGGGGAAAGGGAUUUUGAAUUUUGACCAUUAUGGGAGAUGUAACUUGUUAUCUUAUGCUUCUACGACUUCUCACAUCAUGAGGAAACUCAACAUUAAGAAUUGUCACUCCUAUGCAAACUUAGCCAGUAAAUUUUGUUUAUAUUGUUGAAGCAGCCAUCAGAAUGAAUCCAAGUUGUGUAAGUUGAAGAGCUCGGCUGCAGAGUGAACGGGAAAAACUUGUGAUGGAUUCUUCGAUUAAUCUCUAUGCGGUUGAAAUCAAUGAUGAUUCUGAGCCCUUCGGGUCCGUGCAGGUACUGUCUAUUACCACUCUAACCUAGGCAGGAACGGUUGCCGUUAGGUUGUAGUUGCAGAGGUAGAGCAUGAUUUGUCGGUUGAACCAUAAAAGUAUUGACAUAUCGACAAAUAUUUAAUUCCUUGGUUGGUUAGCACAUGGUAUGUGUUUCUCUUUUCCAAGAAUCAUGUUCCUAAAAGAUUGUUGUUCCUAAAGAGAAAAUCACUCCCCAGUUUUAACUGUGACGAAUUGUUUGGAUCA